AUGGGGGAGGAAGAGCAGCCUCUAGCCUCGCUAUCCCUUACUCACGUUCAUUAUAACCCUGAUGACCCUUUGUCUCUCGUGUCGGCGUGGCUCGCUCUCGUCCCUCAAGCGUUAUGUGUCGUCUACGCUACACUUGUCUGGGCUUCGCGAGAAGUGGAAGUGGGCUUGAUGUUUGCCGGACAGCUGGUCUGUGAGGCUCUGAACUUUGCCCUCAAGCGCAUUAUCAAGGAGGAGCGACCGAAACAGAUGUUUGGGAAAGGCUAUGGCAUGCCGUCAUCACACGCGCAAUUUGUCGCCUUCUUCGCCGUCUAUAUGGGCCUAUUCCUCAUAUUUCGACACUCACCAACCACUCCAAACCAGGGAAUCAUAUAUCGCAUGGUCGCCUCUUUUGGAAUUGCACUCGGUGCCACCGCAGUGGCCGUCAGCCGUAUAUACUUGACCUAUCACACCAUCCGCCAAGUUCUCGCAGGGUGCGCUGUUGGAAUUGUUUUUGCCCUCAUUUGGUUCAUAUUCACCGGCCUCUUGAGAAGCUAUGGCUGGAUUGACUGGGUGUUGGAGCACUCGAUAGCUAGGUUUCUGAGAUUACGGGACUUGGUGGUAAGUGAAGAUCUUGCUGAAGCCGGAUGGCAGCGGUGGGAGUCAAAGCAGAGAAUCAGAAGAAGCGAGUUCGGCGGCCGUCAGUCGUCCAAGGUAGACUGA